GACACUGGCUUCACCCAUUAUCAUUACUGCAUUCAUACACUGCCCCAGAAAGAGUAGGUUAACUUGGUGAACAUGGAGAUGAGGAAAUCAUGUGGGUUUUUCUUCUUGCUCCUUCUUCUGGUCUUUGCUUCCCAGGUGGUGGUGCAGACGGAGGGAAGAGUGUGCGAGUCACAGAGCCACGGGUUCAAGGGUGCGUGUACUGGAGACCAUAAUUGUGCUCUGGUAUGCAGGAAUGAAGGUUUCUCCGGUGGGAACUGCAGAGGCUUCCGCCGACGAUGCUUCUGCACCAAGAUUUGCUGAGUGAACAUAUCAAACAUGCAUCUCACUAUCAAAUAAAUCUCAUGCAUGUCUUUCACUGUUAUCAAUUUGGAAAUGGGAUAUAGCUAGCUGCCACCACCUAUUUCCACUAUUUUCUACUUCGACAGCAUUUGCUCAUGUGUUUGUUCAGCCUUUAUUAUAUUUAUAAUUAAUAAUGCUUCUUGGUUA